CCAACAGUGGUCCGGGUUAUCCCGAAUUCUUAUCCCGUUUUACCAGAACGCUUCUACCUUCGCCGGCGAAGACUCUUCCUUCAGUCCUCUGUCACUGACCCUCGCUGGAGUAUCAAAAUGGUAAUGUCUGCAAUUACUGGAACGUCAAUUAUACCUGUUUCUCUCCGGCACCAAACGUCAUCUUCGUCUCUGCUAUCCUCUAGAAGCUUAAGGAAACAUGUAGUUUCUGUUCUUCGAAGUCCAUAUUCUGAUUCAUCAGCUAUUGGAUUUUCAAGCAAGAAGUUGAAGAUCCCAUUAAAGCUCAAUGAGCACGAAUCCGGUGCUCGUAUCAAUUCAAGCUAUGGGGUUAUCGUAGCAAAAGAGGGGGCUAAUCCACCCAUCAUGCCCGCCGUGAUGACUCCAGGGGGCGCAUUGGAUCUUUCUACUGUGUUAUUCAGGAAUCGAAUUAUCUUCAUUGGACAACCAGUCAACUCCGCAGUUGCUCAGAAAGUAAUAUCACAACUUGUGACUCUUGCAACUAUAGAUGAAAACGCAGAUAUUUUGAUCUAUCUUAACUGUCCUGGUGGAAGCACGUACUCUGUCUUGGCAAUAUAUGACUGCAUGUCCUGGAUAAAGCCUAAGGUUGGUACAGUAUGUUUUGGAGCUGCUGCAAGCCAAGGAGCACUUCUUCUUGCCGGUGGAGAAAAGGGCAUGAGGUAUGCAAUGCCAAAUGCACGUAUAAUGAUUCAUCAACCUCAAAGUGGUUGUGGAGGGCACGUGGAGGAUGUGCGGCGCCAAGUGAAUGAAGCGGUUCAAUCUCGCCAGAAAAUCGACAGCAUGUAUGCUGCCUUUACAGGCCAACCAAUUGAGAAGGUGCAACAAUACACUGAAAGGGAUCGUUUUAUGUCUGUCUCUGAGGCCAUGGAGUUUGGUCUCAUCGAUGGGGUGCUAGAAACAGAAUACUAGUUGCAAAUGAAUUGCUUGGAGCACAUGAUAGCUUGGUUUUGGGAUGGUGAGAAAAACUGCUGUUGAUCAUUAACCACUUUGAAAGACAAGAAGCCGGCUCUUGCAAAUUUGUGUCAUACUUCCUCACAUGCUUCCAAUUGAUGAACGUUCAAGAUCUCCGAAAGCAUAAUUUUGAAGGCAAUCUUGUAUUACUAUUUAAUCUGUCCUGCAGAUUCACUCAAGCACUUUUACCUGUAUUGAUCAAAGUAAGUGAUCAAACACAAAGAAGAUGCAGGAGGUUGUGGUGUACUUUUGCCAAAUAUAUAUUAGUACUUUGCUUAUGCUACUAAUGCA